AUGCCCUCUGCCAGUCAGACCCCAGUUGCCGAUGGCCCCAGGCAGCCUAUCGUCUUCAAAUUCCCGGGCUUGGAGUUGGACACCCGGUUAAAGGUUUUCGACCAAGAAUUCCACGUGCACUCAGCAAUCUUGAGACUCUAUUCAACAUUCUUCCGCACCUUCCUCGACUCUCCUGAUAAGACACCUGCCCCGGCUUCGGCGCUUUUUCGAUACGAAUAUGUCUCUGUAGUUGACGAUGAUGGUACUUGGGGACUAGAAGUCGCGCUCGAGCGUGAUGACCAGAAGGCUGUCCCACAGGACGCUGGAAGUUCACCAACGCCCGCAGAGGGCGUUCCUGACCUGAAGACCACUACCUCUCAGUCCAAUAACAAAAACCUGAAGAAGGGACGGAAAUCGCAAGCGCAAAUGGAGAGACUCGCCUUUUGUAGACUAUUGUACGCCUUGUACCGGGAGCGGUACACUGUUAGCUCUAUGCGCGAGUUUAGCGAUAUUGUUCGACUGGCCGAUUUCUAUUGCGCACUUCCCGCCGUCUCUCGUUCAGUUGAUAGUGUCUUAUUGCACAGCCCAGAAUUGAUACGACAGAUACCGGCCAGCUGUUUCAUGGCCCUGCAGAUAGCUCACAAGUUACGCCAUCCACUUCUGUUCCGAGAAGCUUUAGUCCAUGUUGUCUCCGGCUGGGUUGAAGAUUCCACUAGACUUGAUAUUAGUCCAGAGCUCGCCCAUGUCGUUAAUACUGUCUAUAAUCGGCUCCAGGCAGAAGCACACAAGGUCACCUAUGAUAUUCUUCAUGCCACAGCAGCUAAUGAGACAGUACGCAAAGCUUUUGAAAAUGCGGUUAAAACAUUGGAGUCGGAUGCGACUACCGGAACUGCGCGUUUCUUCCUACUUGUGUACAAUUCUUAUCCUCCGCCGACUUCUCUGUUUUGGUGUAGCCGAUCCUUAAAGGCUUUUCAGACCCUCGAAAAGUUGUUAUCGAACAACAUGAGUCUAGCUAGGUUGAUAUCGGCUCCAGUCCACAUUCAAGCAGGUGGUCCAGGUUAUGAGAGGAAGUUUUUGUGUGCCUCGAUUGAGGAUCAUGAGCUCCCAUGGGACAAAGAGGCUGUUGACUGGUAG